AUGUUUGCUAUUUAUAUUAAAUUAUCUAAUGAUCAAUUCGAAUGUGUUUCCCCACCAAUAUAUUCAGAUCUUAUUAAAGAAACCUACCACGCUCAGUCAGUUAUUGUUGAUAGUAUUUUUCCUAAACAAGUUUGUGAAAGAGGUGGUCAAAUGAUCUUUAUUCAACUGAAUGAAGCAAUGAAAAAGCAUCACUUAGAUAUAAAAUGUAAUGAUAAAAAACUUAAUGAUAAUGAUUUUCAAAUUACUGAAACAAUUUUAUCAUUCGAAUCACCUGUAUGUAUCCAAGGCAGUAAAUAUCUUCAUAUAAUUAUACGUAAGAACAAUAGUCAAGAUCCAAUGGAUUUUAAAUUGCCAUAUCAUUCUCAUGAUAAUCAUUCUGAUCCAUGUGGAGUGAUUAAUGAAGAUUAA